AUGUCUGGCGUAUUAGACGGCCCCGCUGGGUUUGCGCUCCGCAAGAAUGGCACCUGUCUCGACACAGAGGUAGACUGUGGUGCCACCCUUCACCCCUUUCGAGCCUGUUGUCCCGCGGGCUCACACUGUCCAAGCCAAUACAAUGUGGACUGCUGUCCAUCCGCCGCAAACUGCACACAGCUGCUUGUGGAGACGCCGAAAUGCGCCAAUGAGACGUGGGAUUUGUACAAUUAUUACGGAUACUUUUGCUGUGAGAAUGGGACAACAGCCUUCGGGACAAGUUCGAACAGUGAUGGCUGCGCGCUGCCGGGGUAUAAAUUCGAUAGCUCUGAGACUCUGUUGCCGGUUGUCUCCAAGGGGAAGGCAUCGGUUGCGACAUCGACUUCCUCUGUAACAUCCGCAGCGACGAGCUCUACAUCCGCGACAUCACCAAUACAGACGUCCACUCAGUCCUCCGAAGCGCCCUCCAAGACAAACACAGGAGCCAUUGCAGGAGGUGUAGUCGGCGGCGUGGCUGGAGUAGCCCUCAUCGCUUUCUUGGUGUGGUGGCUUCUCAGUCGCCGAACGAAACGUCAACCAGUCGUCCCCGCGCCACAGGUAGUCCCCGUCACAGAUUACAAGAAUAAUAGCCAUAUGGUCAGUGAACUUGACGGCCGCAGUCCUGCACAUGAACUUGAGGGCCAGGUGAAUCCUCACGAGUUACCGGCGGACUCGACAUUCCGUCGAUGA